GACAGAACUGCAUUUUCGGUGGCGGCGCCUCACUCGCAUUAGCUCGCUGGCUUAUGCAAGCGCUCAGUUAAAGUGAGUGGUGUGGCUGGUCGGCGUUGCUUUGGGCUAAAGACGAGGAAAGUUAGCAGCUUAGGACAGCUAGCGUUAACUAACGUAGGUUAGCGAUCCGUGUGGGUGAGGUUUAGUGUUACACCGUCAGUGAAGCCCGGAGGUUGUAAACAGUGUUGGAGUAAGAGCAGCGGAGUGUGUGAAGCUGACCUAGUUUACUUACUAGCUUUGAGGGGGGAUGCAACAGUUGGGCACGCAAAGACCACUUCGGUAGACGAGGUUGAAGCUGGCUUCCUAUUCGAAUUUUCCCGUUCCACCUUAAAUGGUGCGGCAGUUACGUUCUGGCGCCCCAGACGCAGCCACCAAAAUGCUAGUGUUUCAACAUUUAAGGUGGAACGGAAAAAUUCGAACAAGAAGCCAACUUUAGCUUCGUCUUCUGUGGGCGCCAUUAUCGCUGCAGCAGCGGAAUUGCAGGUGUUUCAGGGUGUGUCGGUCGGCACAGGUAAACUACAGUCCACCACAAGUCCCCUCAGCUCGACACAGGCACGUCCAGCCAUGAUUGAAGACAAGGGUCAUCGUGUGACAGACUACUUUGUGGUGGCUGGACUGACAGACAAGUCCACGCCGUUGGAGCAGGAUCUGUCUGAGACCAAGUCCAGUGGACCCAAAGCCCCCAUCACUGACCUAGCAGUAAUCAACAAGUCUGCAGGUGAGACUGUGCCUGAAGGCUUUACGUGCAUAGAGAGCACCUACACUGGCCAGCCAGCCAACCUCAACCAUGGCAGCCUCAAGAGCCCAGAGCUCUUCCUGUGCUACAAGAGGGGCCACGGGAAGCCUCCACUAAGCGACAUUGGAGUGCUGUAUGAGGGGAAGGACCGGCUGAUCCAGGGCUGUGAAGUUAUCCAGGCCACACCGUAUGGCCGCUGCGCUAAUGUUAACAACAGUUCAGCCACGUCUCAGCGCAUCUUCAUCACCUUCCGCCGUUCGCCACCCGUCCAGCCACAGAACUCUUUGGCAGUCACAGAUAUAUGUGUGAUAGUCACAAGCAAAGGAGAGACUCCUCCACACACCUUCCUCAAGGUGGACAAGAACCUCAACUGUGGCAUGUGGGGGUCCAGUGUGUUCCUGUGUUAUAAGAAGUCAGUGUCUGCCUCCAACUCUAUUGCCUAUAAAGCAGGUUUAAUCUUCCGCUACCCAGAGGAAGAUUAUGAGUCCUUUCCCCUCUCAGAGUCAGUGCCUCUAUUCUGCCUUCCUAUGGGGGCCAAGAUCGAGUCCUGGGCACCCAAUACACGCUACCCCUUACCAGUCUUCUCUACUUUUGUCCUGACCAACUCCUCAGGGGAAAAGGUCUAUGGUGCAGCCGUCCAGUUCUAUGAGCUCUACCCAACAGAGAACCUGAGUGAGAAGCAGAAGAUCCAGCUUGGACUCCUCACUGCCGUGGACAAGAAGCCUAUUCUCGACCGCACAGUCAACACCAACAAAUGCAUCUGUCUGCUGUCGCGAUGGCCCUUCUUCAAGGCCUUCAAAGAUUUUCUCAUGUUCCUCUACAGGCUUUCAGCCAACAGUGUCAAUCCCCUCCCCAUUGAGAAGCACAUUUCCCACUUCAUGCAUAAUGUGCCCUUCCCUUCACCACAGAGGCCCAGAAUAAUGGUCCAGACUUCGGCACAUGAAAGCAUAAUGUUGUCCCAACCCGUCUCUACACCUUUACCACUAAGUGGGGCAGACUAUAGCACUCUGCUGAAGAACUUGGGCCCAGAAAACUGCGCCACGCUGCUGCACUUUGUCCUGCUGGAGAGCAAGAUCCUUCUUCACUCCCUCAGACCAGACGUACUGACUGGGAUAGCUGAGGCUGUGGUGGCGAUGAUCUUUCCUUUCCAGUGGCAGUGUCCCUAUAUCCCUCUAUGUCCUCUGUCCCUGGCUGGGGUUCUGAAUGCCCCCUGUCCUUUCAUUGUGGGCGUGGACUCCAGAUACUUUGACCUCUAUGACCCCCCACCAGAUGUGGUUUGUGUGGACCUGGACACCAACACUAUCUACCUGUCUGAUGAGAAGAGGCACUGUAGCUGGAAGAAUCUCCCGAAGAAGCCCUGCAAAAGCCUCACUAACGCUCUGGUCAACCUUCACCACCAGCUCACCAUUGUGCGGCAGAAUGCUCCAGAAAACUCCGGAGCAGUAGAGAUGACCCCCAUUGAGGCUGACUUCUCAUGGGUAAAUAAGAUGGCUGGGCUGGAGAUGGAAGUCCAGGAGGCUUUCCUGCGCUUCAUGGCCUCAAUACUUAAGGGCUACCGCAGCUACCUCAAACCCAUCACCCAGGCGCCCUCAGAGAAGGCCACAGCUGCUGACUCCCUCUAUGACCUGCAGGGCUUCUUGAAGAGUAGAGACCGCGCUCACCAGAAAUUCUACUCCCAGCUCACCAAAACCCAGAUAUUUAUUCGCUUCAUCGAGGAAUGCACUUUUGUCAGUGACAAAGACACAGGCCUGGCCUUUUUUGACUACUGCAUUGAAAAGCUCUUCCCGUCUGAUAAAGGAACAGACAAGGGCACAAAGGUUGAAGGUGAGUGGUCAGAGGAUGCAAAGCUGCUGGAGCUGGAUGAGUCUCAGAAGAGUGAGCAUACUGUUUUUAUCAUGCCCCCGGAACCCCCUCCUGACGAUGGCUCAGAACCUCCUCCAAAAUACAGCUAUAAGAGCUUCCCUCGCUUGCGGCUGGAGUUGUUUGAUCGGCCACGGGAGCUGAAGCCAGCGCUCAGCACCAGAGCAGCAGGUGCCAGUCUGUCCAGCAGCCCCGCACUCCUGGCAAAAAGAACUAAGCAGGAAGUCAAGCUGGCCUACAAGAUGGCAAAACGCUGCUACUCAAAUCCUCCUCAGUGGGCUAAGUGUCUGUUUAGCCACUGCUACAGCCUGUGGUUCAUUUGUCUGCCUGCAGGCGUGCGUUUAGCCCAGUCCAAACCUCGCGCCAUGCAGCAAGCCCUCAAUGUCCUAGUGAAGAUGAGGAAUGCUGAGGUGGAGGUGCUUGAUGAGGUGUGUUAUCGUGUGGUAAUGCAGCUGUGUGGGCUGUGGGGGAUGCCAGUCAUGGCUGUGCGAGUUUUAAUGGAAAUGAAGAAGGCUGGAGUUGAGGGCAAUGCCAUCACUUACGGAUACUACAACAAGGCUGUCCUGGAGAGCCCUUGGCCGAGCCGGAAUCGCAGUGGCCGCUUUAUGUGGACCAAAGUGCGGAACGUGCUACGAGGUGUGGCUCAGUUUAAGCAGGCUCUGAGAGGCUCAGCUCAAUCUAAAAGACCUCCUCCGAUUACCACAGUAGUGUCCCUGGAUGCGAUAGCAGAUGGUGAUGGAGACAGACUCAGUCACUGUAGUGCCGAUAGCUCCAGUGAAGCUAACGGAGAUGAACACACGCUUUUCUCACGCCGCCUUGUUGUUGAGGACGCCAAUGGGAGUCACUGUAGCACAGGGGGCCAAUCUGACCAGGGUUAUGGCUCUAAGGAUGAGCUACAUCAGGACUCUGUAGAUGCUUCUAAAGCUACAGUCUUUCCUCUCUCCACUGGUGAUCAUGCCAGCAAGGGCAAAACAGUCUUGAGCCAAGAAAAUGGGAAGGACAUUGCUGGCUCUGUUGACAGUGCAGUGGCGGUGUCUGAGCCCCCCAGCCCUGCUGAGCCGACCCCUCCUGUAGCCAGCAUAGUCAGACUGUCCACUGGGAGCUUUGACAACUCCACAGGGAGAAGAGACUCAGGUGGUGGUUCUGCAAGUGGUGGUAAACUCUUCACCCCUCGCAGUAAGAGUGAAGACAUCGCCCUGCCUGAGAACGACAGCUCCGCAGACCCAGAGCCAGUCCCAGCCCAAACUGGCCAGCAGCAGCGAGCCAAAGCCUUUGCUGAGCGCAGCUGUAGCUUCAGCGCAGAGAGCCGAGCUGGGAUGCUCCUGAAGAAGAACAGUCUGGAGCUGAGUGUGGAUCACAUGGGUGCUGACGCUAAAAUCCUAGCAGCUGCUUUUUCUGGAGCCAAAACUCCACCACCCACUACAGCCUCGGGCUCAGUCUUUAAAGAACUGGAUGUUGGGCCUAAUACAAGCUCAGCCCUCAAGGAGGAAGAUAAUGAAGAAGGGGUUGAGAAAAUGAAAAUAAUUCAUUUGAGGGAAGAAAGUAAGGAUAAAGGGAAGAAGCCAGCAGAGGUGGCGCCUCAGAGCGAAGGAGCUGAGAAAAGUGCAAACAUCUCCUCCUCUAAGGCGGUAGAGAGAGAGGAUGUGGAAAUUGGGGCAGACCCUCUUUCGUUGCUGGCCUCAGAAAGUGAGGAGGCAGCCUCUAUCCAGAGCCAAGAGUCUGCACGUCUUGUCCCGCCGGUGGUCUCACGAAACCUCGCUGACGAGAUAGAGAUGUACAUGAACCUCCAGAGUCCAUUAGGUGCCAAGGCAUCAAGCAUGGAGCUACACCAGGGGCCACAGCGUGACUUGGAGCUGCGCAAAGCUGACCUUGUGGACUCUCCUGCCAGCAAGCAGUCUUUGGAGCGAAGGUCUAGCCUUCCCGCAGGCCCUGUAAAAACCCCCGAUUUACUGGAAACCCCCAAACGCAGCCCUGCCGUCACACGGUCAAAGACCUUCGCCAUCAAGUCCCCGAAGACACCUGGUUCUACAGGACAAAGGUCAUCCUCAUUGACUGCACUGGUUAGGUCUUCUCAGAGCGGAUCGCUGGGGUCUGUUAUCAACUCCAUCUCAGGCAUCAAGAUGGAUGCCUUACUUUCAGGGCCUAAAGUGGACAUGUUGAAGCACGGCAUGAAGCAGGCGGCUAAUGUGGCCAGCAAAGUGUGGGGAGCAGUGGCCUCGGCCUAUUACUCAGAUGAUGAGGAGGAGCAAAGCCAGCCCAGGGACAGCUUCCCAGCUCACCUGGAGGAACAGCUUCUCAGUAGUGAGGAAGUGGAUAGGACCAUACCCAGAGGCUUGAUGUCCAGUCUGACGGCUAAUGGCCUUACUCACAGUAACACCAGCCUAGGCAGCAGUGGCAGCAGUGAUAAUGGUCGGGGACAGCACGGGCCACCUGUGACUCCUGGCAGGUCCAUGAGAGGCGCAGACUCUGAGAGGUCUGAGCAGAGCUCGUCUCACCAUGCCAGCACCUCAAGCAUUUUUCAGAAUUGUGCUCUAGAGGUACUAAUGUCCAGCUGUUCUCAGUGUCGCUCCUGUGAGGCUCUGGUGUAUGAUGAGGAGAUCAUGGCGGGCUGGACAGCGGAUGACUCUAACCUGAACACCACUUGUCCUUUCUGCCAGAUCGCCUUCCUGCCCCUGCUCCAUGUGGAGUUCCAUGACCUGCGCACUACACCUGGGUUCUAUCUGAAGACUAGCACUUCAGGGGACAGUAUCCACAGUAGUAGCACACAGCCUACAGCCUCCACCUCAUCAGAAGUAAAGGUGGGCAGUCCCAGUGACCCCCCUGACCUCAUCAGCUUCUCAGAUCCCCCUGAAGGCAAAGACGAACAUGAAGAGACACUCACUGACCAGAGUGGAGCACCGAAAGUUGUUGUGCCAGAGCCAGUGCUUUCAGACCCCCUGGGUCUGCUGGAGAGACAGGCAGAGAAGCGUGGCACCUCUUUGACCCGCAGCAACAGUGUAGGUGGGCCUCUGCAGAGCCUGGAUUCAGCCCAGCGGCCCAAUCACGGAAUCUCUACCACCAGCCUCCCCAACAGCCUGCAGGAGGUAGUGGACACAUUCGGUCAGAAGCGGCCCAACCCAAAGCCAGUGUCUGUGCCUUACCUCAGCCCUCUGGUGUUAAGAAAAGAGCUGGAGUCCUUACUGGAGAAUGAAGGAGAUCAGGUGAUCUACACUCAGAAGUUCCUCAGCCAGCACCCUAUCAUCUUCUGGAACCUGGUAUGGUAUUUCCGCCGACUGGACGUACCCAGUAUUCUGCCUGGACUCAUACUGACCUCUGAACACUGCAACAACGGUGUACAGCUUCCACAGACGUCCUUGCCUCAGGACAGUAAACAGGUGUAUGUGCAGCUGCUGUGGGACAAUGUCAACCUGCACCAGGAGCCCACCGACCCGCUUUACCAGCUCUGGAGGACCUUCUUGCAGAUGAAGGGGUCUUUGGGCCCCACUGACCACCAGGAGAUACGGGCACUACUGAACAGCAUUGUUAGGAGCAUCCAGACGAAUGACGUCUAUGGCCCUAUCAACUUAUUACUUAGGGAAAUCAAGAGACGCCCAGAUAUCAAACGGCAGAGGAGUGUAUACAGGGAGAUCUUGUUCCUUUCACUGGUGGCCUUGGGGAGAGAAAACAUUGAUAUUGAGGCCUUCGAUCGGGAGUAUCGUCUAGCCUUUGACGAGCUGAGCCCCGAACAGCUGAAAGCUCUCUCACCCAUUGACAGACCACCUUCCAAUAGUGUGCAGUGGUGUCUCAAGUGCUUUGGAGCGCCAUUCAUUUGACGUAGCCUUAGUGGCUAUAAGGGGCUCUCUUAAAUCCUCCCCAUCAGUCUAAAGCUCAGUGUGUGAGAGGGGCAGGACAGCGCAUUGAGAAGAAUUGUUUGCACCAUCACCCAAAGAUGGUACUUUGUCAUCCCCCAAAAACAUGUUUGAGUUUGGUUCAGUGCCUGCUUUCUGCAGCGUUUAGCAGAACCAGAUAUGUAGCAGGUAGAUAUUUAUUGGCGUGAGUCUUUAAAUGUCUUCAGAUGAUGAAAGCUUGAUCUGUGUAUGUCCAUGGACCUGUGGAAGUGAAGUUAAGAACUAAAUAGAGUGGAAAAUCCCUCAGUCCCUCAAACACUGCCUUGCGUCCCCAACUUUCCCUCCAACAUUACCUGUGGAAGGAGUCCAGUGGAAAUGGAGUUGUGUUCUCUCGAGAUAUCAGUUGCGAUGGUCUUAUACGAUGUGCACUUUGAAAAAUGAUUGCUUUAUCUGUCUCUGUUCUUGUUUGUAUAUAUUUUUCUAUGAUGGGAUAUCAGGACUAGGCUGCCUUUUUCAGUGUGAGGGAUCUUUACCUAGAUUUCUAUGGAGUCGGUCUUAAACUUAAAGCCUGUGUUAUCAGUGAGGGUCUUCAGUGUCACAGCGCAAGGUGUGAUUCUCUGUGUGCGAGAGAGAGGGAGUGUGUGCAUGUAUGUAAAUUUGUUCAACAUACAUUGGGAAAGACAUACUGAGGCAACGGACAAUCACAUCAUUAUACCAGGAAGCUAAAGAAACUCUUAACGAGGUUAACAAGGCAGUAAGGUGAUGAGUUCAGGUUCUGUAACAGACAGUGAAGUUCUUCCACUGGACGUUACAUUUUAUACACCUUUGGACCUUAAAUCUAAAUUGAAAUUUACUUCUGUUGUGGGGGGAAAAAGAAUGAAUUGCAUUGGGAGCUUGGCAGUUUAACUACUGAAAUGGAAGAAUUCUCCUUCUCUCAUUCAGACAUAAUCAUCUUGAAUAAAGUCAUGAUCAUUUUGAACAACGCUCAUAAUCCCUCCAUAUUUGUAUAUAAACCAUUUUCCUUCACAGAAAAGGAAAGCGUGAGGUCGGACCUUAGUGAGAAUGUACGGCAUCCCUCAAAUAUCUGUCAAUAUUUUUUAACGGUGUUUUUAAUAACCUUUUAUGCUAUUGCUGCAUACAAAUGCAUACUCGAGUCUUAAUGUCCAUUUUGCUAUCACUCUGUUUAAGUGACUUCGAGAUGGACGACGUUGAUAAACUUCUGUAGAAAGAUGAUCAUUUGAAUCUUAGUAGUUCUUGUGCCUUGUUAGUUAGUCAAGGUAGGUUUUACUACUAAUAAAUUAACACCAUAGAGUGCAAUCAGUCUGCCUUAAUUUAUUUAUCAUAUCUUUUCUUAUCUUUUAUCGCUUAGUUCUUUGACAGCUCAUGUGAAUACAGCCUUGUCCCAUGUCUGUCUUUGUCUUUGUAAAAUAAGUCAGAUUUGUUUGAAGUAUGAAAUCAAUGUGGAUAUAUGAUUGAUUCAGAAAUCAAAUUGUGCAACGAGAUGUGUAUAAAGGGGAACUGGUUGUAAUACAAAAACCACUGUUUCUAGCCACGAGUAUCUAUAAAUCUAUGUGUAUUUUUUUUUUCUCAUGAUGAUGAACCCAGUAAAUGCAAGUUCUUUCCCUAUGAGAACCCACCCCCCACACAGUUUAUGUGAACUGAAUCAGGGCAUGUGUGUAUGUACUGAAUGUACUCAUGAAAGAAAAUGGGAUAGUGAAGAUCUCUCUGGACGGUUUCUACAUUAUGUUGUUUACACACUUGCAAUGUAACAUUGUAAUCAAUUUGGUGACUUAAUCCCAGUAUUAGGGUGAAAUGAAUGAAUGAAUGUGAUGGAUUUCCAUUGACCACUCACUUUAGACAGUGCUGAUCUGACGUCCAACACGGUAAUCUGUUUUUAUCCUAAUCAAUAUGAUUAAAUGGAAAGGAGAGACUGAUCCAGGAUCAGGCUUAAUAAGGAUUUUAGAAUAAAUGCUGAAACGAGAGGUAGUUGCUCUACCCCUGUCCCAAAUGCAGAAAAUAACAUUCCAACCUCAAAUAUAUCAUUACAUUGUGUUCGCUGUAGUAAAUCACAGUGAAAAUCAUUUGCUAAAGAUGGGAAACCAACUAACGUAUUUAUGUAACAGACUUUUUUUUGAACAACUGUACUUUACACAGCUGAUAUACAAUUGCUUCAUUAACUGCAGUUAUUCUUUUUAACUCCAAGCAGUUCCUGCUUGUUUAACUGUGUACAGUGUAUUUGGUUUUCUCCAGGCAGUGCAAAACUAACCCUCUCCUGUUAAAAGCAUCAAAUCCUGGUAUUGUCAGAACAGAAAUACUAAUGGAUAAGUGAUUGUCCUGCAUCCAUGAGAAAUCCAGGAUGGUGGUUAAACCAUGACAAAUGAGGACCUUCUGGGCUAGGAUCUGAUUCUGUUGAGCAGGAGAGCGUUCUGUAAGCCUGUUCAUCUGCCCUCUACCGUCCUGUGGAAUGAGUGUGAAUUUUUACAUUCAGUUGUCCUGCAAUAAACAUGCUUUGUCCUGAUUUUA